UUUUCCACAGAGCAAUUUUUUUACUAUGGAACAUUUCCGUCUGAUGCGUAGCAUCUCUACUUAGUCUGUAUUUUUCAUUAAUCUUUAAUGUUUGUUUGUUAAAUUGAAACGUCCCUAAUAUUCCUACUUGAACCAUAGUCCUAAUGAAUGUGUGCUACAUAUUUAGGUAAAUGUUCUAAAAUUAUAAGUCUCUACCUGCUAGUGUUACAGAACUUGUAAGAUUGUUAAUUAGUUUUGUGUUCACUGUGAUACUUGUGAUACCAUGAGCCUGGGGUGAGCUUCAACAUGUCAGAGGACCUGCCAGUCAUUUUUGUGAGUGCUGCGGAUGUGGCCACUGCAAACCGUAUCAUAUCAGAAUUAACUGAAAUAGACGUAUCGGAUGUGGAUGAUGAUCUCGUGUGGCAACUGAGCAACAAGUAUUACACGGCCCGCGUGCGCCUGCGCCCGCUGGCCGACGCCGACGCCGCCGGCACGGUCGCCGCCGCCGGAGGCGCCGCCGAGGCGCACGUCGUGUACCUCGCCGAGCACGAGUGCACGGGCGAGGCGCUGGAGGCGCGCUGUCUUCCCGCGGGCGGCGACGGCGGCGGCGACGGCGGGGACGGCGGCGUGCGGCUGGCGCUGUGCGCGUGCGCCGAAGAGGCGCUGCCGGCCACGCUGCGGGCCGCGGCGCGGCGGCGCGGCUACGAGCUGGUGGCGCUGCAGGCGGCCGCGGCCGCGGCGCCGCCCGCGGGGCCCUUCCCCGAGCUGCACGGGCUGGCGCGCGCGCGCGAGGCGCUGCACGCGCACGUGUGGCCGGGGCUGCGGCGCGCGGCGGAGGCGGCGGGCGUGGUGGACGAGGCGGACGCGGCGGAGUGCGCCGUGCGCGCGGAGGCGUUCGCGGCGGCGCUGGGCGCGCUGCAGGCGGCGGCGGCGGCGCGCGCGCUGGCGCCGCGGGGCUCGCGCGCCGAGCGGCGCCAGCGCGCCGACCAGCUGCUGGACGCCUUCUGCCGCGCGCUGGGGCCCGACUACGACCUGCUGUGA